AUGUUGUCGACAAAACUACAGAUACUGAGUUCACCCGACAAGGCUGGAAUGGCUUACGGCAUAGCUCAGAUCGUCGACAACAUCGAGUCGUUGGAACACAUGCUCAAGUCGCUGUCCACAGCCAAGCAGUUAGCCCUUGACGCCGAAGGCAUGAAUCUGGGCCGCACCGGCAAGCUUUGCCUCCUAUCAGUUGCGCCCGCUCCCCCACCCGACACACCGCCGGACGUACCCGGACCCGUAUUCCUGCUGGACGUCACCUCCCUGUCCACCGCCGCAUUCACGCACAAGCCGGGGCUAACGCCGUCAGGCAACGGCAGCAGCAGCGGCGGUGGCCGUGGCCGCAGCCGCAGCACCACCUCCUCCCCUUCGUCAUCCUCCUGCGGUCUUCGAUGCCUUAAGGAGGUGUUGGAGUGUCCCUCGGUGACUAAGCUGUUUUACGAUGUGCGCUGCGACGCUGAAGCUCUGUAUCACCAACACGGUGUCAGUCUGCGGGGAGUGGUGGACUUGCAGCUGUCCGAGGUGGCCUACCGGCGGUACGGACCCGUGGUUCGCCGUGUGGGCUACGUGAUCGGCCUCACCCGGGCCCUCGAGUGCUACCUGGCUCCGGAGCUACGGGAGCGGUGGCAGUCUACAGCAGUGGACAAGAGGCUGCUGCAUGAGACAUUCAACCGGGACCUAAGGUACUGGGACCGACGACCCUUGUCGCAAGAGCAGGUGCGGUACGCUGCCGAUGACGUCCUCUACUUGCACCACCUGCACCGAGAGUUCACGGCCGCGCUGGCGCCUCCAAUUUUGGAGCGGGUGGCGAUGUUCAGCCAGUACCGGGUGCAGGACAGCCAGAGCCAUGUGGUCGCAAUCCCGGGCAAAGACGGGACGUUAGCGGGAUCUGGAUCGGGGGGAGGGUCAGAUCCGACACGCGCGAUAGCGCCGCCGGGGCUGUGA